AUGACCCACACUUGGGUGGAAUUUGGAAUUUCGCGGAUGGAGACGCAAUUCCAGCUUUGGCUCGAUGAAGUGUGUGACGACCGCUCAGUAACCCAUGCGACGGACAAGCACGUCCUGCAUAUCAAAAUUGGACCCACCCUGGUUCCCGCUGACGAGUAUGCGUUGUUGGAAUUUGUGGAAAUGCACAUCCUUCGUCAUCCCUAUCUGCAAUCCGUCAACGUAACCGCAUUUUUGGGGACAUGGUCCCGCAGACUGCACGACGAAAUCGAAGGACGUCUGAAUCUUACCGUUACAUUCCGUGUUCGGCUUGUAGACCCGGAAAGGUACCUGGAGUACACCCAAACGUCGCUCGGUUCCCCAGUUCCGCUCCGAAAUAAGCCAUCAGCAUUUACCCGUACCCCGUACAAGGCCUCUGUGACCUUUGCAUUGGAUGGUAUAUCUAGACGAAGUCUUUUGGCAGUCUCGCACCUCAAUAAUAUCUCCCGCUUGACGGUCCGUGGGCCAUACAGUACAAAGUGGAGAUCGAUUCCUCAGCAUAUCGCACGAGCAUCUGAAAACAUUGUUAAUUUUCUUGUCGGUUCGCGUGAAGCUUUGAGGGAUCUGGAGGAGGUGACUCUGAGCCUCGAUUUUCAGGACACGAUCGACCCCAUUUUGGUUGAACUCCAGCAGAAUACCUCAAUUGCUACGCUGACUUUGACCACGCCCACGCGUUCUGUGAGUCCUGCGACGAUUCUUAACACGGCCGUGGCCAUCCAAAGCGGGAUGGUAUCAAUAUUUCCGAAACUUGUUGAGCUCAUUCUGCCCACUGUGUAUGUCAAUGCCAACAAUCGCGCCCUGGGUAAUGUUCUAGAUUCCAGAUUCGAAUUUUGCACGGAUAGCAGAGUCGCAGAUGGCGGCGUAUUGACGAUGUUCUAUAAUGGAUCAGGACUUCGUUUGGUAUCUCGGAAACCUCUCAUAUUUCUCCCUGUCAAGCUUUAUUGA